AUGAAGUUCUUCAGCGUCGCCAUCACACUCUUCUUGGCCGCCACCGUGUCUGCCCAGGCGCGCACUGGAGAGAAGGGGAACUGCGGCUUCCCCAACGGACCGACAUGCAAAUCCACGGGCCGCCGUAACGCCAAGAACGCCGAGAUCUUUACAGAGCCGGCUAACUCGCCGGGACCCAACUGCUGUCUGCUCCCGGCCCGGUGCGGCAACAACGACGUUGACAAGGUGUGCGUCAAGGACACUGCUCCCAAGAGGCGUAGCGUCAGAAAUCCUCAGGUCAAGCGGGCCGAAGAGGUUGAGGAGGAGGAUGAUCAGUAA